GGCUGCCAAUACGUUCCCGUAAGUACAAAGAGGCCAGCCUCUUCCUUCAAAAUUCCAGCACAGAUAUGCAAAAUUUGGUUUAACCCUGCAUUCUCUGUUGAUACGUUGUAAUCUCUUUGAGGCCGCAUGAUGUUUCAACUCAAAUGCCAGCUCUGCCCUCGUUCUCCCUGAUGACAUCAGAAAAAAGAAUGAUCCAAAAAGUGGUGACAUCCCAUCACUUAUCUGGACGAUUGAAUGAAGCCAAGAUUCCUGGGCCCACAACGAAGUCACUGGACGACGAAGACGUAAUGAAAGAAAUUGAAUGUCCGAAUUGAAAGCAUGAACAGUACAGUAAGGAGCCACAACGAAAAGGUGGAGUAGAGAGACACAAGGAAGAAGAAACAGGAAACGGAAAGAUAAAAUGGUGGAGACGAAGAAGAGGUGACGGACUAGUUAAACUUUUGGUUUUUUUUAUUAUUUUAUUUUUUCCAAAUCGAAGGACUGCAGUUCUCUUGCAUGCAACGAGCAACUGAGCUCGCACGGGCAGACGAGACCGCGACGGAGCUCAGAGGUGACGAGUUCGCUGGGAAUAGGAUCGACGAGACUGUUGGUGGAGGUGGAUGACCGUCCUUGUUGCCGUGCGCGCUUCAAUUCGGAGGGUAAUGCGUCGCCGACAUUGAUGCCGAGGCUCCCAGGACAUGCGGCAUUCAAAACCAUGCGGAGCUGAGGGGUGUUGUUGAAAUUAGGGUUGCAUGUGUGGGAGAGGGAGGGAGGGAGGGAGAGCGACGGGGAAGAAGAGCAAACCAUGGAGGAGAUGGCGAGUUGCCUGGGAUCGUGGCGAUCAUGCUGCGCGAAAGUUGCGGCGGAUAGGUGGAAUCUAUGGAGCUGAGGAGGUUAGGGAGGGGAAAGUUUGCGAGAAUGGUAUGAGUUUUAUGGUAUGCGGAAUGCGGUGGUGUCGGAAGACGUUGUGGAGAUCAAGGGGCGCGCCAGGAGAGGAGCUUAGCUUUCUAGCUGGUCUGCGCAAUGGCUCAGGGGACGUCGCUGUUGGCCGCUUGCGGAGGCGAAACCGUGAAGCUAUUCGACGUCUCUAUCGAGACAGGGGAUCCUUGCACGUUUCAGUAUGUUCCUUCUCCGGGGUAUCAAGUUAAUUGCGCGCGAUGGAACCAUACCAAUUUGGUGGUUGCAAGUGCUGGCGAAGACUGCAAAAUCUCGCUAUGGAGGAAGAAUGGUCAAGUAAUAGGAGUUGUGCCACAACCUGGAGGAGAAGCCGAUGACAAUAUCGAUGAGUCCAUUUUGGGAAUUUGUUUUAGCAAUAAAGGUUCUCGGUAUCUUGGCUCAGGUGGAACUGGAAAGGUUGUCCGUGUAUGGGAUCUGCAAAGAAGGAGAUGCAUCAAGUGGUUGUGGGGCCACACUGAUACUAUCACCAGUGUUAUGUACAACUGUAAGGAUGAACAGUUGGGUUCUAUCAGCGUGAAGGGUGACUUGAUUAUCCACAACCUUGCAUCGGGAGCCAAGAUAGCAGAGCUCAAAGAUCCCCACAAUCAGGUGCUUCGAGUUAUGGAGUACUCUCGAUUGAGUAGGCAUCUGCUGCUAACCGCUGGUGAUGACGGGACUGUUCAUUUGUGGGACACCACUGGACGUUGUCCUAAGGUAUCCUGGCUGAAGCAGCAUUCGGCACCUACCACCGGGCUCUGCUUCUCACCAACGUCUGACAAGAUGAUUGUGAGCGGUGGACUGGACAAGAAGUUGUAUACAUAUGAUCCUGGUGUAAAGAAGCCUGUUUACUGUAUACCAUAUGAGGCUCCCUUUGCAUCUCUGGCUUUUAGGGACGAUGGCAACACCCUCGCAGCUGGUUCCAAUAGUGGCCGGGUUGUAUUUUAUGAUGUUCGUGGUCGGCCCCAGCCUUUCACAAUCCUUCGGGCCUAUGGUGCUUCUGAGGCAGUAACAAGCUUGAGUUGGCAGCGGUCUAAUCCAAUAACUGUCAAAGAUACCAAAUCUGCAGAGUCUGCUCUUUUAGGUAAUAGCAAUGAAGAAUCAGUGAUUAUGCCUGAUCCUCUACCAGCUGGCACAAGGGGGCGGACAACGACCGCUGCUCCACCUACUAAAACUAGCAAUCGCACAAGCUCAUUUUUAAACCAGGAACCUCCUUCAGCUGCUGGUGGGUCUUCAGGAUCUCCAAGGCCAAAAUCAGCAGGAGGAGACGUGACACCUUACUCUUCGUUGCGUCCAUGGGGGAAUGGCCCAAUUUCUAGACUUCAAACUCCUCGAAUAAAUUCCUUCAACACUGGGAAAGAUGAUAUGGAAGUGUUUUCGCCUCUUGUUGAUGUACAACCCAUUACACCAUCAGUUACAGGUUAUUGGGAUGGAGGCGGUGGUGGUGAUGAGUCAAGCAGGGAUAUGGCAACUCCUGGGGGUGACAAUAGGAGGGCAAAUCGGGGAAUCCUCCCGGUUCGCCGGUUUCCUAGUAUGGAAGAUGUGAAAGAGGAUGUACGGGAGUCACGAGAUUCAAGCAUUUCACGCAGAUCUUCUCUAGGAAGUCGACAGGAUGACUUGCAUGGAAGAUCGUCUCUAGGGUCUCCUGUCGCAACGACUCCUCCUCCAGGAGUAUCCAGUAACUCGGAUCGGUCUCCAUCAGUGACACCUCCUGAAGCGUGGGGUGGCGAGCCUUUAGAAAGGGGCGGGUUAAGGCAACCCACUAUGUCCCGAUUCGCUUCUACAACAGGGCUUCCAUCAUCCCGAUUUGAUUCACUGGCUGCUUCUGCAGAUAACAAACGUUUGUCUUCUACCAAGAGUGAUAUCCCGUUGCUUAGAACUUUAGAUCAAGAAUCGUCUUCACCUCUAACUAACGGUAUGACGCAUCAGCCAGCGAGCGGUUUUGAAGCAGAAACCAUAGCUUCAAACAGAAAACCGUUGUCUAAUGAGGCACGGGACACGAGCUCAAACUUUUCACGAUCUCCUCCUGGAUCUAUUCCCGGAUCUGCUGGGGAUGCAGGAUCACCAGGUAAGCCAAGGAAAUCAGGGUUGGAGAGACGAGAGGAGGGGGGUGGGGUUUCUGGAAGUUCUGAUGGAAAGAAAGAGCGUGAAAAUAUAUUGGCGUUAAGAGCAGCUGCUUUCGCUUUACCUGGGGCUAUUCCACCCACAUCAAACGGCCAUACUCAAGGAAGUACGCAAAGAGCUCAAUCGUCAGUUGAGCAGCAACAACAGCAGCAAGGGGCAGGAGCCACUGGUUUCGCCCUGCAACUGGUGCAGAGAGGUCUAGAAGAAAGCCUCGGAGCAGUUCAACGUGCAAUUCACGAAGAGGUUCAAAGUUUGCAUUUAGAGUUGCUUCGACAGUUUCAUAUUCAGCAGAUGGAAAUGAGUAGCAUGAUGGAAUCAUUUCUAGCAAGGCAGGCGGAAUUAGUGGAGGAGAUCAAGGCCCUUCGUAGAGAGAACCAACAGCUGCGAGAUCUUUACUAAUGGUAGUUAAUUAAUGAGCUAAUUAUCUAGCGAGCUUUGGGUUUGAGAAAGUUUCCGGUAUGCCUAAACCACAUGUAACCCUUACGGUACAAAUGUAUAGAAGGAGAGGCAUCGCCAUUGUAUUCAUUAUAUUCCUGUUAGCGUAGCUUGCUCAAAAGAGUUGAGAUUUAGGUUUUCUUGGAUGUGUACGAAUUUCAUGAGAUUAUAUCAAGAUGUUGAAUUUAGAAAGAGUGGACACUUUAACGUGGACUACAUUUGGUGAUGGAGAAAACACAUUUUGGAGCGGUCCUGGAUCUCUGGAUUAUUCAAUCAUGUUUAAUUUUAAAGCGCCACAUGAUCUCCUUAAGGGUCAGGGAGUAGCUUGUAACA